AUGGUGGACGGAGUCAGGGAGGAGGGCACAACAGCAUCCUCAACCGCUCUCGGGCACGAGCGGAUACUCUUGGAUUUGGAUACGGACUGGAGCAGUACGCCGCCUAUCAACCGUCUACCCAUCGAGCUCCUCCUCCGUGUCUUCGCCGCCUGCUUCCAGCCCGCUCGCCCCGUCAAUGACGAACCCAAACGGACUCACAGACGGCGCAAGGUGCUCCUCCUCGUCUGUCGGGCGUGGCGCGAUGUCAUCGAGGCUGCGCCUGAUCUAUGGACUUUCAUCACCCCACACAUGCCCGCGCGACUAUUCAAGCUCGUCCUGUCCCGCUCCAAGCAUGCCACGUUGGAUAUCUCCUUCUACCGGGAAUCAUAUCAUUACAACUCUGGACUUUCCCCUGAUCUCGCUCCUAUCGACCUUCUCGAAGGAAAUUCCGGUGCGGAGAUCGAUGAUGACGAUGAUGAAGACUCAGAGCCGGAAUGGCUUGUCGGCGACGAAGAGUUUAUCCCAGCGACCUGGUCAGAAACAGCUGGGACAACCAUCGCCACCGAGGCACACAGGACACGCACUCUGUCCUUGUUUUAUGACGAUGAGCGGGGCCAAUACUCUCCCCCUUUUCUCAACGCUCUUUUCCGCGGUAUAACAUGGCCCGUGCUCGACAACUUGCACGUCGAUCUCUACGAAGUGGAGUCUCCUGACGCCUGCCCCGCGAUUCUCCGCCUCACCGAAACACACUUCCCGAGACUUCAACACCUCCUCCUUUCAGCCAUGGUGUUUCCCAUCGAACCGAGGAUGUUCCCUCGGUUCCGGUCACUCCACCUCACCGGCCCUGCGACACAGUGGCCUUCCCUUCGAGAUAUCCUCAUAUGCAUCUCCUCAGCCCUUCAACUCGAGGAACUCACCCUGUGCCGUUCGAACGACAAGGAUUGGUUCCACCCGUCCCAAGACCAACACCAUGAUCUCCCGCCCGACACCUCUCUCCAUCUACCCCUCAAGCUACCUCACUUGAGAUCCUUGAGCCUUGAUGCCAACAAUAGCGACGACUUGACGUUGCUCCUCAACGCAUUUCCCCUCUCACCACUCCCGAAUGCCCUCCAUUCCUACGACCUCACUAACAAUGACUGGCACCAACCUCCCACGAACGCGGCACCACUGAGUAUCGUCGACGCGUUUUUCCCCCAUCGCGCCCCAGCAACGAUGCCCCUCCCCAUCCCUCGCUCCGUCCAGGACGUCUACCUGUGCAUGGACCAACGCAUGGGCGAAUGGGUCGCCGACAUCGCCGGGUUCUCCGCCAACAAGCGGCACCCGGACGCGCGGGAACGCCUCUUCUUGUGGCGCGCUGCCACCCCGAAAGACGUCAGCAGCGUCUACACCCUCCCGCUCGCCAUCGACGAGAUCCUCACGCACUUCAGCGACCUCCCCAUCACAGGGCUCACGUUCGUCGUCCCGUCGCUGCACCCCGCCGACGGCCGGUGGCUGGAGAUCUUCCGCGCGUUCCCGGGCCUCGAAUGCAUCCGCGUCCGCGGCGAAGGCACCGUCGUCCCACUCCUGCACGCGCUCACCCCAGAACGAGCUCGGUGGCCCUGCCCUUCGCUCGAGUCGCUGACCUACGAGGUCUACCAGUCGUCCGCUCAGGACGCGCAGGAGAUAUUGCGGGCGACGUUGGACUGCUUCCGGGCGCGGGCGGAGUGCGGGUUGCCGCCGCUCCGGCACCUGGAGAUGGGCGUGAUAUUCGACGAGCCGAAGCAGGUUACGUUGGCGUACGGGGGGGAUACGAACCGAGAUAUCGCGCAGCUGCAGAAGCUGGUGGCGGGAGAGGUUGUUUUCGAGUGGUCAUCUCGACGGUGA